AUGGACAAGCAGAAACAAGCUCACCUUCGAGGGUUCGGACUUUGCAGCGUCGGAAUUGGUCUCCAAAGCCACUCAGGAAGCGACCCUCUGGCACUCAGCAAAUACCUCCCCACCCCAGGUACCCUCGAAGACAAGACAGCCGGACUAUCUCCCAAUCCGGAAUACCGCGGCGAUUUGCCGCACAGACGGCGCAUGGCAAGCGAACUCCCUGAUAGGGGGCAUGGGAUGGACCAUCUCAGGCUCAGGAGGCUCGGUGAUCGCAAAAAGCUCAACGGCUCAACGAUUUGUCUCCUCCGCCUUGGUAGCAGAAGCCCUGGCGGUCUUAGCAGCACUUCGGGAGGCAAACUCUAUGGAGAUUAG